CAUUGAGAAACGAAUGAAUCACUUGCACAUGGGAUAGAGUGCAGAUGAGCUGCCGCAACCAGUAACUUCCAGUUCGCUGUCAGCCCCUACCCUCUAACCUAAGCUGAUCUCCGUCCACUCGGUGGAGUAUUCGCACACAGCUGAAGAUCAAAUGUUAUUUUAGAGCAGAAAGAAGCUCGCUGCCAGGACGGGAGUAACUUGAGGAAUGGCCGCGUCUAAAUGUGUCCGGCUGAACGGCGCUCUGAGCAGGCAGUUGCUGGACUCGGUGGACUGUGUGCUUUUUGACUGCGACGGCGUGAUAUGGCGAGGGGACCAGGCCAUCCCUGGAGCCCCGGAGGCCAUCAAUUCAUUGAAGAAACACGGAAAGCAGGUGUUUUUCGUCACGAACAACAGCACGAAAACACGACAGAUGUACGCGGAUAAACUGGGGAAGCUCGGUUUCGACGCCGCCGCGGACGAGGUGUUUGGGACGGCGUACUGCUCGGCGAUGUACCUCAAAAACGUGUGUAAACUCGACGGAAAGGUCUAUCUGAUUGGGAGCAAGGCGAUGAAGCAGGAGCUCGAGGAGGUUGGCAUUCGACCGGUCGGUGUAGGGCCCGACCUUAUCUCUGGAGUGCAGAUCGACUGGGCGAAUGUGCCUUUGGAUCAGGAGGUUCGAGCUGUGCUUGUCGGGUUUGAUGAGCAUUUCAGUUACAUGAAGCUGAACAGAGCCCUGCAGUACCUCUGUGACCCCGACUGCCAGUUUGUGGGCACCAACACCGACACGAGGCUGCCUCUGGAGGGAGGCAAAGCGGUCCCGGGGACAGGAUGUCUCCUUCGGGCAGUAGAGACGGCUGCCCAGCGCCAGGCUCAGGUAGUUGGCAAACCCAGUAACUUCAUGUUCGAGUGUGUCGCAAGUCAGUUUAAUCUGGAGCCUCAGAGGUGUCUGAUGGUCGGAGAUCGACUGGACACCGACAUCAUGCUAGGCUCAAACUGUGGCCUGAAAACCUUGUUGACCCUUACAGGAGUUUCUACAGUAGCAGAAGCAGAAGCGAACCAGAAGAGCGAAUGUCCGCAGAAGCAGAAAAUGGUGCCUGACUACUAUAUAGACAGCAUUGCUGAUAUUUUACCUGCACUACAGGCAUAGACAUAGUUUACUUGAAAUGUACCCACUUUAAUAGAGAAUAUUUAUCAAUAUAUGUGUAUCAGUUUGGAUCAAAAGAACAUAUUUUAAUAAUAUAGUUAAUAAGACGAGUUUAUCUUGACAAAUAUAUGCAGUACGUUUUAUUGUUAUCAAGGCUUUGAACUGGCCUACCUCUUUUUUUUUGAAUCUCCCACUUUUUUAAGAUAACAUAAGGGCAAUAUGUUUUUAUUUCAGUAUUAUUAUUUGUUUCAUGUUUUUGUCUAAAAAUAAUUGUGAAAUUAGUUUUAUGGUCCGCUGAUACUAAAACAAAUGUCGAUUUUCCAAAUUGUGCCGUUUGUAUUUAUUUGAUCAUACUUCUGUUCUGUACUGUCAAUUCGUUGUACUUCUAACAUGAGAUUAUAAUGAAUAUUUGCAAUUACUAUUUUUUGCACUUGACAGCUUUUUUGUCACUCAAUAACCCAUCGACCUGGUAGGUUUUUAAUCCCACCAUGGUUUAAACAAAGUGUUCAUCUUAUGUGACUGAUCAAAUAAAUAAGUUUUGUUAAUAAAAA